CCGUGACAAGGAAACGGGUCCGGGCUGCAGCGACUGUCAUAGGGUCGGGCUGUAAUUGGCUAGAAUACCUAGCCGCGUCUUCUGGCGGUCCAAUGGAACCCGACACGAUGGGGCCACAACCGACCACGGGCGAACCUGGAGACGAGUACAGGACAUCGCCCGAUCGAGCUCUAAGGGAUCUGAAGGAACGAAUUAGGCGAGAAGCACCUCUGAGAUGGGCUGACCAAACCAAUGACGGAGGGGCCGACAUGAGAGGCGAACCAGUUGCGACAGAGCCGCAAGAGGCUCUAAAGACGGGUACCUCGAGCGGACGACGAGAAGCGAUGAGGCGACGCUCCCCCGAGUACGAGCGGAGGGACACCAUAGCGGACAGGAGUUCGAUCUCUAGAAGUGCAGACGAAAGACCAUCUACUCCCAGGAACUCAUGCGUCUACUGUAGAGGAGAAGAUCAUAUCAAGAGGGAUUGCCCGGACCUCAAACGGGCAAUAGAUGAGGGACUUGUCGUGCUUGACGACCGCAAGUACGUCAAGUGGGCAGAUGGUCUGGGAGAUGUAUCGAUGUUCCCUUCGAUGAAGGAGAAUGUAAAAGCAAGGAGAGUAAAACCGAGUAAAGAAAAGGAGCUGGUCAGGAGCCAGAGCAUCAAGAUAACCUUUGAGGGGGAUAUGGCAACCACACCCAUAAGGGUGGCAGCCACCAAGUCGGCGAGAGGGUCCACAUCGAAGAAGACUGACACGGAUUACGUGAUGACGGAGAAGGACGGGCAGCGGAUCGAUGGAGAGGAGGUUAUCCUUUCGCCGCGAAAGMGGGGAGUGAAGAAGUUCUUAAUGAAGAGUUUGCUGGACGAGAUUGGCCCGGUCGAGCCACUGAGGCGGGCCCUUCGGCAACCCAUGCAGUGCUCUAUUCUGGAGUACCUGGCGGCAUCGAAGCCGGCUCGUGAUGAGUUACAGAUGAUCACGCGGAAGACUCGCAUACCUCUAUUGGAGGAGGGUCAGGGGGUCCCUAAGGCGGAAGCUUCUACAGUAGCAGUAACGGGGGUGACUGCCAGAGCAGAUCACAUGGCGACAGUCCUUCUUGAUGGAAUGGAAGGUGUGCCUCCAGACARGUUUUAUAUACUUGGUAGCGGGGCCGUGGAGACGAUUAUAAACCAUAGAGCGAUACUCGAUGCUGUGAUCGAUAACGACAGUGAGGCUGUCAUCAUAGACGAGGACCUGGGAGUACACGUUGGACUAGGCCUCGAUAGGUCAUGCCUAUUCGAGAUAGAGACGGCUGAUGGGAGAAAGCAACAGAUCACUGAGGUUUGUCACAAGCCAGCCAUAGAGGUCCAAGGGGUACGAGUGACCCUGCCUGUUUUUGCAGUCAAGAACUGCAGCUCCGACCUGCUCUUUGGUCGAACGUGGUUGAGCCACGUGCAUGCGGUGUUGAUAGAGCGACCUGAUGGGAGCGAAACGUUGUCCAUUAGGAAGCCAGACGGGACGCGGGUAAUGAUUGAGACAGUGGAGCCUCGGGACCCGAGGAACAGAGCAGCUCUCGUUGUGGGUGCAAGACCCAGUGAUCAGAUUAAGUCGUUACCUAUCUCCGGCCGCACGGUGCGAUUUCGCGAGAAGAGAUAUGGACCACUGCUCACAGAGGAAGAAGGUCGGAUCGUAGAAGUGGAAGAUUUAGGGAGUGGGCUAAAAGUGGACGGCAACUCGUACCCAAAGGAAAAAGAUGAGGAAUUUGGCGGUGUGGUAUCUGUGUCUUUUUUAAGGGCACGGCCCCCUAUGGGGGGCUACCCAAGCGACACAAGCGAGUAGCUCAAAAAGUUAAGCCAGCGACGGUAGGCCGUGAGCGAUCGGCACUGGAUGGGGUAUCAGAAGAAGAGAUCGCGAAAGAAAUCAAAGAAAGAAAGAAAA